AUGUCAGCCUUCGCGCCCGAAGACCCUGAUAACGAUUACUCGUACGCCGAGGUCGACCCCGCGGAAACAUCCACCCCUCCAAUCCCCCAAUCAAUCGGCGACGCAGACGCCUCGCACGGCCGGGGCCACUCGAAUAACCCCCUAUUGGGAGAUAACCCCCUUGUUUCAGAUUUGGAGCAGGAAGUGCUGGAAGAAUACGCUCGCUUGCUGCGGAAUGUCAAUCAGGUACGUGGAGAAGACUUUACUGGGGUCAAUCUCUUCGCAGGAAAGGCAUACAAACAAUGUCCCAUUGGAAACUAUAUGAAGUAUAAAGGUUGGAUGUACUGGUUACUGAUCAAUGCCUUGCAGCUUUCCGAUAAACUAGCUGAUCUCGCCGGCUCCCCCGCCUCUAUGCCCCUCGAUGGUCUUCGUCUCCUUGAGCGCAAGACUGCGACUGUAUGCACUUUGCUCAAGGCCAGUGUGUAUAGCAUUGUCUUGCAGCAGCAGAUCUGGAAUGAGAAUGAAGAGCAGCAGCAACAACAGCAGAACGAGGAUCGGCAUUUCCAGGACCACCAGUAUCAGCAUGGGUAUGAGGGGGAGGGAGACAUGACCUUCCAGUAA